UCCUCCUUCGUCCAUCGUCCUCUUCCAACACGCCACACCUUUCCUACUUCAGUUUCUUGGAAUUUACCAUCACCAACAGUAUCCCGACCCAACAGGCCUCUAUAUAUUCAGAUAACGAACCCCAAAACUAAAAUAACAACAACAACAUUCCCAGUUGUUUAUUGUACUGACAACAGCAAUACUACUAGUGCGACAACCCAAAACAGAGAACCAGAAGGUUCGAAACCCCGUUUGUUCUUUGGCCAACAAAUUCGGAUUGGUAUGCUGAUCAUGAUGACAAUAUUCAUGGAUAAGUACAUUGCCGGAACAUUCUUUGCCUCUGUUUUUGGUUUUCUCAUUCUCUGCAUUUUGCAACUUAGGAGUAAUAAACAAUAUAAGCAGAAACCGCACGCAGACCGGCCCUGCUUAGACAUUCGGAGCAACCAGAUGGCGGUUGAUGAAUGCCGGACCGGCUGGGACUCUGCUACCGAUGUUAUCAUAGUCGGUGCGGGCGUCGUUGGUGCAGCCUUAUCGUACACCCUUGGGAAGGAAGGAAGGAGAGUCCGUGUAAUCGAAAGAGACUUGAGUGAGCCUGACAGAAUUGUGGGUGAGCUGCUACAACCAGGUGGAUAUCUCAAGUUAAUUGAGCUGGGACUGGAAGAUUGUGUAGUUCACAUUGAUGCUCAGCGAGUGCUUGGUUAUGCUCUUUUCAAGGACGGUAGAAGCACUAGAGUUUCUUAUCCCUUGGAAAAUUUCCAUUCAGAUGUCGCAGGCAGAAGCUUUCACCAUGGGCGAUUUAUUCAGAGGAUGAGAGAAAAAGCAGCUAGCCUUGCCAAUGUACGACUGGAACAAGGCACUGUGACAUCCCUGCUUGAAGACGAUGGCACUGUAAAAGGUGUCGAGUACAAAACCAAAAGCGGCAAGCAGCUGAAAGCUUAUGCUCCUCUUACAAUAGUGUGUGAUGGGUGCUUUUCAAAUUUGCGACGAUCUCUCUGCAGCUCUAAGGUGGAGAUUCCCUCUUGCUUUGUUGGUUUGAUCUUAGAGAACUGUCAACUUCCGUUUCCAAAUCACGGGCAUGUCAUUCUGGCAGAUCCUUCACCCAUCUUGUUUUAUCCAAUUACUAGCACAGAGAUACGUUGCUUAGUUGAUAUACCAGGGCAAAAGCUUCCUUCCAUUGCUGAUGGUGAAAUGGCAAACUAUUUAAAGACCGUGGUGGCUCCACAGAUUCCUGCAGAGCUGCAUGAUGCUUUCAUAUCUGCUAUUGACAAAGGAGACAUUAGAACAAUGCCAAACAGAAGCAUGCCAGCUGCUCCACAUCCUACUCCUGGAGCACUACUGCUGGGUGAUGCUUUCAACAUGCGUCAUCCUUUAACCGGUGGAGGAAUGACCGUAGCCCUUUCUGACAUUGUAGUGUUACGAGAUCUGCUUAAACCCUUGCAAAACAUGAAUGACGCAGAGUCCUUGUGUAAAUAUCUCCAGUCCUUUUACACAUUGCGCAAGCCAGUGGCGUCUACGAUAAAUACGCUGGCUGCGGCCCUAUACAAGGUGUUCUGUGCUUCUUCUGAUCAAGCAAGAAAGGAAAUGCGCGAAGCAUGUUUUGAUUAUUUGAGCCUUGGUGGCGUUUGUUCGAAUGGACCUAUAGCUCUGCUCUCCGGUUUAAAUCCACGACCACUGAGCUUAGUUCUCCAUUUCUUUGCUGUUGCCACAUAUGGCGUGGGACGUUUAUUGACCCCUUUUCCUUCUCCCAAGAAAUUGUGGAUUGGAGCUAGAUUGAUUUCGGGUGCAUCAAGUAUCAUUUUUCCUAUCAUCAAGGCUGAAGGAGCGAGGCAAAUGUUUUUCCCUGCAAGUGUUCCUGCAUAUUAUAGAGACCCUCCUCAAGCAUGAAAAUACCGAGUUUAUCAGGCCUGAACACAAUUUAGCGACUUUCACCCGUCUCCUCUUACUAAAAAGCAAGGGACGUUAUGUGAAUUUUUGAUCUGCCAGGAGACAGAAGCUGUAGAGUAGACUAAAACUGUGAACAAAACUAAAAAUUUGAAGUUUAGGCAUCUGAUAAAACUGUAAAGCAUGAAUCUCCCAUAUUACAUUGGCUCAUAUUUUAAUAGAAAAACCAUCUUACUUCUAAA